AUGACAUGCUGACAUUUCGCUUUCAACAAACACAAAGGAUUACUUUACUCAUUGAGUAAUGUAAUUUUAUGGACUGUACUUUUCCUCAUGUCAUGACUUGGACUAGUGACUGACUUUAAAUAGGCGGGGUGUGAACAUACGCUACAUAAAAACAACAGGUAACGAUGUAAAGACCAGUAGCGUCACUAGUGGAUGGCGAAAGUCCUUCAAAAUGGGCAACUGGAUAAUUAACCAUGGACUGUCAUCCUUCAUACUGGUGGUCUGGAUGGCCAUCAAUAUAUUCCUGUUCCUCUGGUUCUAUUUCUUCUACGACUUGGGGGAUCAGUUUUUCUACACGCGCCACAUUUUAGGGUCUGCAUUGGCCUGGGCCAGAGCCCCUGCAGCCGUCCUCAACUUCAACUGCCUGCUGAUUCUGCUGCCCGUGUGUCGUAACCUGCUGUCUCUCAUUCGAGGCUCCUUCAUGUGCUGUGGGCGAACUAUGAGAAAACAGCUGGACAAAAAUAUCAGUUUCCACAAGCUGGUGGCCUACAUGAUUGGGCUGAUGACAGCUGUUCACACCAUUGCCCAUUUUCUGAAUGUGGAGUGGUACUAUAAUAGCAGGCUUGGGAAGUAUGAUGACCUCAGCAUGGCCCUUUCCAACCUGGAUGACUCAGGAAACACCACCUUCCUGAACCCAAUCCGUUCUACAACCACUACGCCGACUCUCCUGGUGUUCACCAGCGUCGCGGGGAUCACAGGCGUAAUCAUCACGCUGUCACUCAUCCUCAUAAUCACCUCAUCCAUGGAGGUCAUCAGGCGCAGCUACUUCGAGGUCUUCUGGUUCACACACCACCUUUUCAUCGUCUUCUUCGCUGGGCUGGUCAUCCAUGGAGCCGGACUCAUCGUGCGAAGUCAGACCACCACCAAUCCACCACAUAAUGCCACCUUCUGUAAAGAUCGAAUAAGUGACUGGGGGAAGAUUCAGGAGUGUCCCGUUCCCCAGUUUGCAGGGGGGUUCCCACAGACCUGGAUGUGGGUGAUCGGUCCCAUGAUCCUCUAUGUGUGCGAGCGCUUGCUGCGCUUCAUCCGCUACAUGCAGACCGUCAAAUACAGAAAGAUAGUCAUUCGACCAUCCAAAGUGUUGGAGCUGCAGCUGGUGAAGAACGGUUUCAAGAUGGACGUGGGUCAGUAUGUCUUCCUCAACUGCCCAGCCAUCUCCCAGCUGGAGUGGCACCCCUUCACCAUGACCUCGGCACCCGAGGAGGACUUCUUCAGUGUGCACAUCCGCUCCGUGGGCGACUGGACCCAGAAACUCAUCAGCAUUGUGGAGCAGCUUCCUGAGGGGGCUGAGGGACCCAAAAUGGGUGUAGAUGGACCGUUUGGUACGGCCAGUGAGGAUGUGUUUGACUACGAGGUUGCCAUGCUGGUUGGCGCUGGCAUUGGAGUCACCCCCUUUGCCUCCAUCCUCAAGUCCAUCUGGUACAAAUUCAAAGACUCCAACCCAAAGCUACGCACCAGAAAGAUCUACUUCUAUUGGUUGUGCAGAGAGACGCAUGCCUUUGAGUGGUUUGCAGAUCUGCUGCAGCUGCUGGAGAGGGAGAUGGAGGAAAGAGGCAUGGGAAGCUUCCUCACCUACAAACUCUACCUCACUGGAUGGGAUCAGAGCCAUGCAAACCAUGUGAUGGUUCAUGCCGAUGCGGACACAGAUGUGGUCACUGGUUUGAAGCAGAAAACAAACUAUGGCAGGCCCAACUGGGAUAAGGAGUUUGAACAAGUACGCAAAGAGAAUCCGACGUCAGUGGUGGGCACAUUCUUGUGUGGCCCUGCAGUCUUAGCUACUGUCUUAUCAAAGAAAUGUGUCAAAUACACGGAUGUCGAUCCCCGAAAGACCAAAUUCUACUUCAACAAGGAGAACUUCUGAGCAAAACAAUGUUUAAUCUGCUCCUCUUGACGAAAAGCUGGAUCUUUGGUUUUCCAAAAUAUUGGCAACAGAGAUUGUUUUUAGACCAUUCAUCUGAACACAAUGGACGAUGACCGAUCCUAAUAUUUAUUUCACAUAGGAUUCAGCUCCAUCUUUACCACGUAUCUUGUCGACAUUCAUAUUUUAUUAUAGGAAUUACUUAGGCAGCAACUGAGCAAGAGACAUUCAACUUUGACCAGGUUGUUGCGACCAUUGUCAUGAUAACCUGGUGCAGCAGGCAGCAUUGAGCUUGCCAGUUUGUAGUGUAAGCAUCCGCUUGGCAUUUCCACGCCCAGUGGCUAGCAGUGGGAGAAGAUGGAAUGAGAUGGAUUUUGUCCGAAAUUCUCUUGCAUUUUCACAUCGAUGAAACAUUUGAUCUCAACACAUUUUUAUGUUCCAAAAAGAUAAUCUGUUACGAACUGAGUGGACUAAGUUUAGUAGAUUUUACCCUUUGCCAAAGUUGUAAAAAAUGGUGUUGUUUAGAAGGAGGACAAAGGUGAAUUGAGUUAUUGCACACACGCACUUCACAGAGUAGGCGUUCCCUAACGGAAAUAUGCAAAUGUUUGUUAGAACGCACCAAUAGGAUCUCACUAGCUCGUGCUUGGCUCUGCCCACCUCCUUCCUUGUUCUGCCCACUAUGACUAAUUUGUUCCACUCACUAUGACUAAUAUGUUCCCAUUGGAAAUGACAGGCUGUGGUCCAUCUUGGGUUAGUUUAAAAAAUCUUUGUUAAACUUCUGGUUCAUUCAGUCAUUCCUAUGGGCAAAAUUAAUGGAGAAAGAAUAGGGUUUUGGGAUAAAUGCCAAAAAUGAGGUUUGAGGUUAACACAGGCUUAGAAGAUCUUAUACAUUUUGUUCUAUGAUAUAUUAUCAGUCAGUUAACAUGACCUUUAUGCAUCUUGCAGCCUUAAUGUGCUUUGUCGUAAUUUUUGUUUUUACAUAAAUGCUUCAAAAUUCACAAAAACGUAUGUUUGCUGUUGAAGGUUAUCUCAUAGAACAAAAUGUAUAAGAUCUCAUAAGCCUGUGUUUACCACAGAUCUUAUUUUCAGCAUUUAUCCCCCCCCAAAACAUUUCCCCACGGGUGUUGGCCAACGAGCCAUGGUGGACUCAGCCUCUGUUAAUGCCUACAAAAGACACCACUACUAUUGAUCCAUUUCUAAAUUUAUCCAAUAGGACAAACUGCAGUCCACUGCUUUCAUUUGUUCACAUUCACAAUCAGCAGUGGUGGAAAAGGUACCCAAUUGUCACACUUGAGUAAAAGUAAAGAUAUCUUAAUUAAUAGAAAAGGGUUUGGAGUAAAAGUUUCAAAGUAUUUGGUUUUAAAUAUACUUAAAUAUAAAAAGUAAAUGUAAUUGUGAAAAUAUACUUAAGUAUAAAAAAGUAUACAUUUAAAAUUCCUUAUAUUAAGCAAACCAUUGUUUUUUUAUUUUAAUUUACGGCUAGCUACGGCCACGCUCCAAUACUCAGACAUCAUUUACAAACGAAGCAUGUGUUUAGUGAGUCCGCCAGAUCACAGGCAGUAGGAUGACCAGGGAUGUUCUCUUGAUAAGUGUGUGAAUUAGACCAUUUUCCUGUCCUGCUAAGCAUUCAAAAUGUAACGCGUACUUUUGGGUGUCAGGGAAAAUGUAUGGAGUAAAAAGUACAUAAUUGUCAUUAGGAUUGUAGUGAAGUAAAACUGGUCAAAAAUAUAAAUAGUAAAGAUGCCCUAAAAAAAACUACUUAAAUAAAUAAAAAAUACUUGAAAGUACUACACACCACUGACAAACAGUAAGUUAGAAGCUCGCCAUACUUGUAAAUAAUUACCUUGUAAUGUGUUAAAUUUUCCUGUUAUGGUUAAUAAAAAGUUGACUACAGUUGAACACAAAACGUCAGAUAUGUUCUAGUAAUUAUUUGAACUGGCUAGCCAGUUAGAAAAAAAACCUUCCUUUCCCUACAGGCUUUGGUCAACAAGCCAUGGUGGAGUUGAUACCUUUCAGAAAGGUCUGCAAAAAGUUGGGGGCAUAAAUCUUGGGACUGAAAGCUGGCUGCCUCAGUGAAUAUAUGGUUGUGUUUCGGCACUUGAAUACCUUUUUGGAUUCUACCUCUUCCACAGAAAACCGACAAGCCUUGCACACAGAGACAGAAGCUUUGUUAUAUCUGAACUACUCAGGGAUUGGCUGGCUCCUUUGCUUCCCACAAUGAAUCAUGAUGUAUGAAGUCAUUUACUGUUAUUAAUUGAAGACCUUUGUACAGAAUAGCUCAUCUUGUUAAAAAGACUGCCAUUAAAUGACACAUGGAUGAGUUAGAUAUUCACUAAGUGUAGGGAGUGGUUUGGUAGGUUACCUGUGAUGGAGUGGCUUUAUACAUGUGGCCCAGGCCAACCAUUGGAUUUUGAUAAGGGAAAUAAGAUUUCUCUAGAUAGCAGAGAAGUCAAAGUCACUCUUCUUGGGGGCAAUUUCUAUACUACUUUAUGGGGGUGUAACAAAAUGUACACUGCCAAUGUACCGAAAAUUGUUAAUUUGCUUUUACAGAAAUGGUAGCUUGGGCAAGAUAACUGAUACACCCACCUUAGAUGCUUAAGCGUUGUUUUGUGCUUUCAAGGGGUGUGGCCACAGAGAAGGAAACAAUACUCCUACAUUAAAGCCCUAUAGAAUAAUAUAUCUCCAUUUCCUUGUAAAAGACAUGACUGGAAGGAAAGGAAGGUGAGGCAUUGCCAGUCAGCCAGGGAAUGUGUUCUAGAUUAGAUAGGAAUGAUGUUCUUAUAAAGUGUACUUCCCUUACAUCAUUGUAACAGGGAAGACUGUUUCUUUUAUAAGCAAAUCGAUCACUUUGUAGUCUACAAUUACACUUUAAUCCUCUUCUGUACAUACCAACAUCUUAUCUGAAUAAAAUACUUUAAUGCAA